AUGGCAGCGAAGAGCAAAAUCCUAAUUCUUGGAGGAACAGGAUACAUUGGAAAAUUCAUAGUUAAGGCAAGCGCAGAAGCAGGGCAUCCCACAUUUGUCUUAGUAAGAGAAAGCACUGUUUCUCAUCCUGAAAAGUCUAAACUUAUUGACACCUUCAAGAGUUCUGGAGUUACUCUGCUUUAUGGUGAUCUGAAUGAUCAUGAAAGCCUUGUUAAGGCAGUAAAGGAAGUUGAUGUUGUAAUAUCCACACUUGGUGGACAGCAGAUAGAUGAUCAACUCAAGCUCAUAGCAGCAAUAAAAGAAGCUGGUAACAUCAAGAGGUUCCUUCCAUCGGAAUUUGGGCUUGAUGUGGACCGUCACAAUGCAGUUGAGCCAGUGACUAGCUUUCUUGCGAAAAAAGUGAAAAUCAGGAGGGCAAUUGAAGCUGAAGGAAUCCCCUACUCGUAUGUCUGUUCAAAUGCCUUUGCUGGUUACUUCUUGCCUACUCUCGGACAACAAAAUGUCACGGCUCCUCCCCGGGACAAGGUUGUCAUUCUAGGAGAUGGAAACGUCCAAGCUGUUUAUGUGUUGGAGGAAGAUGUUGGGACUUAUACCAUCAAAGCAGUGGAUGACCCAAGAACAUUGAACAAAACUCUCUACCUCAGACCCCCUGCUAAUGUUUUGACCUUCAAUCAGCUCGUCUCCUUGUGGGAGGCCAAGAUUAAGACUACCCUUGAGAAAGUCUACAUUCCAGAAGAUCAACUUCUUAACUACAUCCAGGAGUCUCCUUUCCCUGCUAAUUUGCAGUUAGCAUUAGGCCACUCAAUCCUGGUAAAGGGAGAUUGUACAAACUUUGAGAUUGACCCUUAUUUCGGGUUGGAAGGUUCUAAACUUUAUCCUGAAGUCAAAUACACUACUGUCGACAACUACUUGAACGCGUUUGUCUGA